AUGGAGCUGUGGAUAAUGUGUUUCGAAAGUAAUAUCUGGGUGGAAAGAAAUUGCUAUUGUUAUUUUUGCUGCCCAUUUUUUAAUGGUGUUUGGUGGUUCAUUGUGGUUCUCAUUUACUAUCGACCAAGUUCAGAAGCUGAUGAUUUUAUGAGAAUCGAGGAUAUCUCUUAUAUCAUUAUCUGGUUUCAUAUUGCCAACGACGAAGGAAUCCUGGAACCAAGAUGGACCACUUUCAUCGGUAUUGCUAAUUUAUGGUUCAUGGUGACUUCCUCGCUUGUCUGCGUCAUUUUCUUUGGAAUCAAGUGUUACACCAAAAUCAUUAAGGCGUUGAAAAACUCGAAAAUGUCGAGUUACUACGCCAGGUCAAUUCAGAAGCAGCUUUUUCAAGCAUUGGUACUUCAGACACUUGUCCCAGUGGUUCUAAUGUACGGUCCUGUUGGAAUCUUAUACAUGUUCCCGAUGCUCAAUAUCGAAGUUGGAUUUAUCAGUACCUUUGUGACAGCUACUGUUGAAGUGUACCCUGCUGUGGACCCAUUACCAACUAUGUUCACUGUGGAAAAUUUUAGAAAAAACUAUAUUAUGCGGCUGCAGGAACCCAAAAAAGAUGGAAGAAGUGUCGGAGUUGCAGAAUCGGAGAAAAACUGUUUCGUAGCUACUCGAAUUUUUUUGAUGAUUCCUACAGUAUCCAGGAGAAAAAUUUAA